UUUCAUUUUUGCUGUUGUUUUGAGAAAUGGGCUAAUGUAGCCCAAGCAGGACAGCUUGUCUGUGUAGCUGUGAGACCUUGAACUCUGAUGCCUCCUACUUCCACCUCCUAUGUGCCGGGGAUACAGGCAGGCCCUGCCACUCAUGGCUGUCUAGAAUUGCACCAUGGCUGAGACUGGGGAAGAGGAGACCGCAUCAGCAGAAGCCUCGGGGUUCUCGGACUUGAGUGACUCGGAGUUGGUAGAACUUCUGGACCUGGAAGAAGCCAAAGAAUCAACUGUUUCACUUAGCAAGCCCGGCCCUUCUUCUGAACUCCCUGGGAAGGAUGACAAACCUGUAAGCUUGCAGAACUGGAAACAUGGGUUGGAUGUCUUGUCACCCAUGGAGAGAUUCCACUUGAAAUAUUUAUAUGUCACUGACCUGUGUUCUCAGAACUGGUGCGAAUUGCAAAUGGUAUAUGGAAAGGAACUCCCUGGUUUUCUGACACCUGAGAAGGCAGCUGCUUUGGACAGUGGUGCCAGCAUCCACCUAGCAAAAGAACUAGAACUUCAUGAUCUUGUGACUGUCUCCGUCACCACUAAAGAAGAUGCCUGGGCAAUUAAGUUCCUGAACAUCCUAUCAAUGAUUCCUACCCUACAGUCAGAAGGGCGCAUCAGAGAGUUUCCUGUGUUUGGGGAAGUGGAGGGAGUAUUUCUUGUUGGAGUGAUUGAUGAGUUGCACUACACAUCCAAGGGGGAACUGGAGCUGGCCGAACUCAAGACAAGAAGGCGCCCAGUGCUCCCUCUGUCCGCUCAGAAAAAGAAAGACUGUUUUCAAGUUAGCCUAUACAAAUACAUCUUUGAUGCCAUGGUACAAGGGAAAGUGAGUCCUGCAAGCCUAAUCCACCAUACAAAAUUGUGUCUAGACAAGCCACUGGGGCCUUCAGUGCUGAGUCAUGCCCGACAAGGAGGCUUCUCUGUGAAGUCUUUGGGUGACCUCAUGGACCUGGUUUUCUUGUCUCUUACACUGUCUGAUCUCCCAGCUAUUGAUACCCUAAAACUCGAGUAUAUCCAUCAAGAGACUGCCACUGUGUUGGGCACAGAGAUUGUAGCCUUUGAAGAGAAAGAAGUGAAGAGCAAGGUGCAGCAUUAUGUGGCCUACUGGAUGGGCCACCGAGAUCCUCAAGGCGUUGAUGUGGAAGAGGCAUGGAAGUGUCGGACCUGUGACUAUGUAGACGUCUGUGAGUGGAGGAGGGGCCGUGGAGCGCUGAGCUCUUGGUUGGAGCCCAAAGCCAAGGAGUUGAAAUGAACAGAAGAUACACUUUCAGAAAUGUUGAUCAUUUCUGAUCUUAAUAUACUUGUGUAAAAGGACCUGUCUCUCAGCUUGGCUUUCAUGGAUAAAGUUUUUAUUUUUAUGCCUGUGACCUUUAAAAACAUUCCAACCCAGGGCCAAGGAUCGGGAAAGAAUGGAGAGAUUUGGGGUUAUAGUGACCUUGGAGCUUUGAGAUGAAUUGCAAAGAUACAUCGUGUCUGUAGCAAGGUAUCCUUCACUAAUCACUGUUUUCUCAAAAUUAUUUGAGUUCUGAUUUUUUUUUACAUUUUUCAUAAUA